AUGGAUAAAAUCAGGGACCUUGAUAAAGAAGCAUUUGAAACAAUGCAAGGUACAGUGUUUACUUGUUGAAAAAUUAUGAAAUUAUUCCUUAUACAGUGUAGUUAUAUAAGACUUUAAAGGACAUGUAAAGUUUCUUUUUUUUCGGAUGAAUAUUGGUAUGUAAUUGUUUAUAUAGGGUGUAUAAAAAAAGUAGACUCUUUCAAAUUCAAAUUACCCAUCUUCUGUUGUAUUUUUUGACAACUUUAAUCCCGCCGGUCUGAAGAUUACGUAUUUUGUCCCAUGAGUAGAAGAAGCCUUGUGUUUUUAUACAUCCGUAUUAGUUCGAAGCAAUCAGAGCAUUGUCUAUUUUUUUUAUACACCGUGUAUAUCACUCACUUAAUUUCAACUUCGCUGUGGUUAAUUUUGUCAUGUUAUGCACAUGUCAUCGGCCAUCCCCGGAAGGGGGACCCGGGCUAAGGCGGGGACUUUGCCUUCACAGCCAUAAAACUGUGCAAAUUUCCCUACCCUGUGGGGCAAGAAUACCUGUCAAUUCCCCCCCGCCCUCAGGGGCUUGUAAAGAUGAGUACUUAUUUAUAAUGAUUUAUUAGUUGUGAGCAAUUUCUGGACAUAAACUGUGAAGUCAUGUCAAAACGUUGCAUCUUUUUCAAUGGAAAUUACUUUUCUCCUCUCACCAUGCUCAACAAGGACCUUGAAAUAUUAAGAACAGUAUAUAAAUAUAUUAAAACUACAUUAAAAAAAUAUCAGUACAAACUAUGAAAUUUUGUUUCAAAAAAUAUUGUAUUCUCGAACAUGUUCAAUUCAAAUAACUCGAAGAGUACACUAAACAAGUCAUAAAUAACAUUGGAUUACAAAAAUGGUGACCUGAUGGCCAUUUUCAAAUGUAUAAUUCAUUUAGAUUGAGUCUGAUUGACAUACUUUAUAAAUUCCUUUUCUGUGAUGCCCCAAUCUCGAAACCAGAGCCCGCAAUCCUCUGUGGAGGCUUGCUGAGGCUCUGGGAAACACCGGCGACUUUUGCACGAAAAUCAGUACAUUUGGAUCCAGUACUCCGCUCGACAUUUAUAAAGAGACAUUACUGCCGUCAAACAUAAAUUAUGCUGUUGUUUAAAGCUGGGUUACAGUCGAUUCUGUGCAUGUGUGGGCUUUGUUUACAUUUUUUUUUUGGUUUGGAUCCACUACAAUUGUAUUAUAUGAAGUAUACGGCUAUGUACUAAACAAAUUAUAAAUGAAGGAACCAGGAGUGAAGUUAAUUUUUUUUUAAUUGUCUUCUGAAAGACAAGCAAUUAAAUAUUUUAACAGACCACCAAUGAAAGAUAUAUCGUUGAUUAAUUCGGAAUUUUUCUUUCGUGUGCUUCGUUUAAUAAUGAAAUAUCCGGAAGAGGCCGACACGGCAAAGCCAAAGGUGCGAGUUAGCAAGUCAUUGUACGUAUUCUGAAUAUAAUGUUCGGCAUUGUAAAAUAAACUUUGGAAGUGCCAAACUAAUCAUGAACCUUUCCUUGGGUUAUUGGUUCGUCGAAACGCACUAUCAGAGUCAUUGUUGCUGACAUGGUAGAAGCACUUGGAGAAAUUAAGCUUUUCGCUGGAAGAUAUAUGUGGAGACGAUAUGUUGAUGUUGUGGCUUCUGUUUUUCGAUAGAGGGCCUGCAAAAGUAUGGGUAGUUUUUGCUAAAGCGCAUGCCACGAAUAGGAUUUUGAUACAUGUAUGAACAAUUGAAGGGUUCAAGAACGUGACAGUGACCUAUUGCUAUUAGUUUGUACUGACACUGUUCGCUAUAAACGUGAUUCGAUUCACACAUGUACAUGUAAUCUUCGCUCAUUGUAGUUUAUAGAAUAUCAUUAUUUUAUAGAAUAUUAUAGAAUAUCAGUUUGAUUUUGAAACAAUUGCACAACAGAAUAACUAAUAUUCGUAAAAAAACACACUUUAGAUACAUCUUUUUAGAUAUAAAGUUUCUUUUUUGACCGUAUUUCUUGCUUUGAUGUGAAUAUAUAAGCAAGUUAAAAACAAUUAGAAUUUUCGCACUCCUGUGCGUCAGCCAUCUUCUCCGAAAUGCUAACAGUUUAUAGUAUUAAGUAAUAUUUUUCUAUGACAAUGUUUACAAAAUGUGUACACAUUUGAGACCUGCGCAGAAUCGACUGUAACACAGCUUUAAGCUUAUUACGACUUUAGUUCUUCAAAGAACACUUGCCAUGGUUUUGAAUUGUUGUAAGAUACUGGUAGUGAUUUAUUUUAACUUGUUUAAUUACGAUAAAUCAUGGAUUGUUGUGUUAUUUUAAAUAUAAUAGGCAACAGCUUAUCAUGACCUAAUAUGGUAAUGCUGCUGUUGUUAUUCUAUUAAUUUUGUUAUUUAUAGCAUAUCAAUAUCAGAAAUAGAAUAGUCUUUUGAUUUCAUAUGAGAAUUAGCUACGAAAGCUUUAUAAUAAGUUUAUUAAUGUUAUGCUAUGUGUUUCAUUGAUAUGUUUAAACAUAAUACACAAAGAGAAAUAAACUUUAUAUUAAUUUUAAACGAUGUUUGAAAUACAAAUAUAACUAAAUACGGCUCAAAGUUUGAAUCCUGAGGACGAGGAUUUUGAAAAACAACCAAUCAGAGCCCGACUUUCGCCGGUGUUUCCCAGAGCCUCAGCAAGCCUCCACAGAGGAUUGCUGGCUCUGGUUUCGAGAUUGGUGAUGCCCUCCAUGUUUAUAAAAGCGAUCGGUCCCAGUCUCUUUAUCUUUUUUAUACGUUUCCAAGAUGGCGUCAUGAACGUAAAUUGCCCUGCCUCAGAAUUAGGUUUUGAGACAAACUAAUGAAUUUUCACCGCUCCCUAGGGUAUAAAAGCAGCGCAAUCUCCGUGUAUUCCUUUCAUAUUUCCCCGCCCUAGCCCGGGGUCCCCCCUCCGGGGAUGGCCGAUGACAUGUGCAUUAUUUAUAAUUUUUUAGCUGCCAAUGUCGAUGACGACAUUCUGUUAAAUUUCUCCCGAGAAGAUCUAAAAGAUCUCUUUGGUGGGGCUGGUAACUUUCUGCUAAGAUGCAAAAUAUGGAGUAUCAUCGAGAGUGUUGUAAGAUUUUUAUUUAUUUAAAUAUGAUAUUUUUUAUGAUAAAAUUCUCAGUGAAGGGGGCUGCAAACGUUUAUAUCAUGUAAAGCCCUGGUGGGGGAUUUUUACAUGGGCAACAUUUUGUGUUAGCAAUAAGCAAGCAGGUAUCAGCGGUUUUCCCGGGGGGUCGACCCCCGGGCCACCCUGGGGAUUUGUCAAAACAGCCUUGACAAAAGGACACUAAUGCCCGUGGGUUUGGGCAAAAUUUUGUCUCAAAUACCCCUACCUCCGGGGCGAAAUUUGGAAAACAAUAAUUUCAAAUAUAAAAAAUGGUUAUUUACAAAGAAAUUUGUAGUAAGUUAAUAUACUUAUCAACAUAUUUUUGGGCAUCUCGUUCAAUAAACAAUGAAGCGUAGGCCGUAAUUCGUAGGCUGUAAAAAGAUAUUUUUGAACUAAAAAUUCAUACACAAUUUUAUAUAGGACAUUUGUCAUUAAUACGUUUGCUAUUUUAGCGUGUUUAAUAAAUCAGUAUCCGACACAAAACGUUACUUUAAAAAGUUUGUGUCCUUUAUAGUUUCAAACAAUUAUUCUGGUGUUUCCAACUUUUAUUGAGGAUAGAUGGCUAAUUAUUCAUUUAUAAAUAAAAAGAGUAAUUAAAUUACACUCACCUACCGUCGAUUGGUACCAAGUGGAAACACGUCAUGAGAAAAUGCCUGCCUCGUACCCAGGCGCUAUGUUGUUCUGUUGCUCCGCCUGGGUACGAGGCAGAGAAAACGUGAUCUAUAAAUUGGACAUAGCUUGCGUAGCUGGCGGUUUGCCUCGCCUCGCUAAUUUCCGUUGCCCGCACCUCAACCCCAACCCUUAAAACCGCCGGCUACGCAAGCUAUAAUUGGACAUGAAACAUAACAUGUUUGGACUUCAAACUUUACAUGACUGAUUUUGCUGGAAACAUUUGACAGUUUACAAUUAUUUUUCCCGCGAAAACGUAACAAAGUUAGUACAAACAUUGCAAACCGCAAUACUGAAUUUGUCCACUAUAAAUGCAAAAUAUAAGGCCUGUUUCAUACGUCGAAUUUAAUUCAGACGAAUUUAAUCACAGAUUUAGUGUUUGCAAGCUAAUCCACGCCCAAUAUGAAUGUGUUUCUAAAUUUGAAAUAUUGACAGUUGACUGUCAAUAUUUCAAAUCCAAAUUUCAAGUCCAAACAAAUCAUCUUUGACAGCCAAUUGAAUGCGUUUUCUCAUGACAUGUUUCUGCUUAGUUGCAAUUGAUGUUAUAUUGUUCAAGUGCUUCGAAAUGCUUCAAAUUGGCUUCGAACUUCAAAGGCUCGAUCGAAGCGUCUUCAAAAAUCAUAAUUAAGAAUUUUUUGAUGAAUCACCACUGACCGAUAUAGCAGCAGUCCAUAUGCAAAUCCCGGGCGUUUGUCCCCGGGGUUAAUUUUCAAAAUACAAAGGUAGGCUAAAUCCCCGGUCUCCGGGGCGUGAUUUUAAAACAAAUUCCGUGCCAUGCCCGGGGGUUGCCUGUGAGUUGCCCGGGGGUUGACCCCCCGGGAAAGCCGCUGGUACCUGCAUCCUAAUAUUUAAAGUAGGUUAUAAAAAACAAAAAUUGACAGCUACUAACAAUUAAGGUGAUAUUCUGAAGGGUUGUUUAUAUUUCAAUUGAAGUGAAAUUGUGGUGGGCUUAUAUAUUUGCGGGAGGGCUUAUUUUUUAGGUUUGCAAUGUGUGGAGUCAGGUUUUUCAGUUCCAGUGAUCCAAAUGUUUUACAGUUUGGCACUGGCAUAUUGGUUUGAAAAAAGUCAAUCAUAUCUUCACCCGGCCUAGUCUACAGUAUAUUAUUUUGCACUACUUCAUAAUGGUUCACUUAAAAAAUUAUCCAAACUCACCCCCUGCCCCCCCCCCCGAGGAAAUUUCUGCCAUCCAGAGGGAGAGCGUAAUUUUUUUUAUAAUAGUAAUUAAUUGAAUUAGGACAAUUUAGAAGGGGGGAGGAUUAACUUCUAAUUUUCUCUGUGCAGGAGGUAUGAAUGUUUUCUGGAAUGACCCAAUUAAUAUAUUUUGUCAUAAUUUGUACCGAAGCACAGUAUAUACUAGUCUGCAGGAUCCAAAAACUUUUUGGUGCCUGGCAACUGCAAAAUGAAUUCGGAUUUACUAGUUGUGGUUUGAAUUUUUUUUACAGGCCCCUGAUGUCGGGUCUGCAAUUGGCAAUUGCCGACCUAUCAAAAUGUGAGGCCGGCACAAGUUUACCUGCUGUAGACCUGUUUGCAUUCAAAGCUGGUAAGCUUUGCCGACCUGAUUUUUUGGUAAUUCAGAGGUCUGAGGAAAGCCCAACAAACAAGUCAUUUGGAAAAAAAAAAUAUUCCAGACUUCAUCAGCCCUUUAUAUAUGGCUUGAUGCUUUUUCAGAAUGUCUAAAAAUGCAGGGCAUCAUUAAAUGAUUUUCAGUUUUGUGUCACAGGCCAUGGGCAGAUACACAGAACACCUUUCUCCAAAAUUAAAACAUAUUAAUUAGCUGAAUUUGCUUUAUAAAGCUAUAAAUUUAUGGUUUAUGCAAUACACAAUAUUUAUCUAUUGAGACACAGGCACUACUUGUUUUACUUCAAUUUGAUAUGCUCACCAUAGUUGUAAAAAAAUGUAGGUUUUUAAAAAAUAUGCUUAGUUCUCUUGUAAGCAACAGCAUGAUGAAAACAGUCUAUAUAGUAACUCCAUGUGGUCUAGUAGAAUACAUACAAUACAGUGUAUAUAAUGUAGUUCGGUGAAAAGUGUAGUGUAUAGUGUGAAAGUUGAAUCUUGUUUUACUCUAGAGAGCACUUGAUUGUGAAGUGGCAAACAGUUUCCAGACUCCUCCAAACAAAAAUCAAGCAUCUGGUCUGUCACUCCCUACAAAUUGUUUAUCAUCACAAUCACAUUCUAGCUGUUGCAGUUCACCUUUGGUGCCUGUUAAGUCAGGGAGUCCAUUAUGUAUUGACCUAACUGGAAAUAAAAAUGUAGUAAAACCUGAAGCUUCUCCUGCAUUUGUGAUCUAUUGCGACAGUGAAAUUGUACAUGCUGCUCAAACCAACUCAAUAUCAGACACUUUGGUCAACAAACUGGUGCGAAACACCAUUUCAAAUAUGAGAUCAGCAUGCAAUGAUCUUAAAAAUCCAAGAGAGCCAACUACCUUGGAGACAGAGGAGAUGGCAAAGGCCCUGUGCCAGAAAUUUCCUUGCCUUGAGAGAGUACAUAAUGCUGAUGGACAUUAUGAGGAAAUAAAGCCCGAAGAAAGGGCUAGUUUAACAGAGGAGCAAAAAAAAAAAUUACAUGUAAGUAAUGUUUUCAGGAAUGUUUGUUUCGGAAUCCAAAACACUCUUAAAUUGCCAUUUCCGACGAUCUUAGCACUCCAAAUUUCCCUUUUUCUUCACUAAUGCAUAUAUCAGCAAAUGUCAGCAAUUUUAUUUUUUUGCAGCAUAUUCUCCUGUCCUAAAAUUGUUUAUUUUUUCCCUAAUGGUUAUUGAUUGCUACUUCCUGGUAAGUACUGUAUUAAAACAAGAUUGAAACCACAAGUCUUUGACAGUUUUAAGUUAUUAAAACUGUGAUAAAAAUACACCAGUAAGUUACACUUCGAAGUCUUAGGACAAGUAUGCAUGUAUAUGGCCCCCAGUCUAUUCAGAUGUUUCUUUUAUCUACAGUGCCCAGUAAUCACCCUUUCCAAUUCCUGCUGGUUUUUUCAACCUUCUGGUAUAGAUUGACUUCAAUACUUGGUCAGUGUAGGUAGCAGAUAACAACAUCGGAAGGGAGCAAAAGUUCAACUCACUACCUAUACAGUACAGCUCAGAAUUAACCUAUAACACUGCGGUUGCGGUCGUUUUGCGGUUAGCGUGCGGUUAGCGUUCGGUUAUCGGGCGGGUUUUUUGCGGUUUAGCCCACGCAUUGGCAAGAAACUAACCGCGGUUUUAAAAUGCAUUCUGAUUCCGAGGUCAAACCAUUAAAUCACCGCGGUCAAACCGAGGUUAAACCGCGGUUUUUGUUAGGUUAAUCGAAUCUGUUUUUAUCGCUUAGGUAGUGAAUUGAACUUUUGCUCCCUUCUGCUAUUUCCCUGUGUUUGAUCCACUUGUGUAUGGUUGUAUAGGCAAAGACAUAAAGAGAAGUGAAUCAUCCAGCAGUGACAUGCCUAGUGACAAGACUACUGAUAGCAAUUCUACUAGUGAAACUGAAGAUGUUGAAGAUCCUGGUGUGGCAGAACGACAUUAUAAGUCAUUGGACAAGGAACAAAGAAAGGCAAAACCCAAGUCAUCUGUGAUAAACAAAUAUCUCAACCUUGACUUUGUCACUAGAAGAAAAUUAAUUAGAGAUACAAGAAAAGAGAGUCGAGCUAGCAAGGUAUUGGAAAUGUAUCCAUGUUUCAAAGAUCCCAAUGAAGUAAGUACAGCUUUAUGUAGUAGUGCAUUGUUAUUCAAUAGAUACUGUGCUGGAGCUAAAGUAGUCUUCUGCCACUUUUGGGCACGCUACCAGUUAGUAUAGGUAAUCACACAGGAAGGAGUGCAAUUAAUGAUUAACACUACGAGUGAUAUUUGAAAAAUGUGCCAAUGACAAAAUCGCUUUCUUUAUAUUGCAACUGCAUUUUGUCAAGAGUUUUUUAUUCUUUUGUAAGCAAUUUGGUAUAAACAAAUUUGGGAAUUGAUUAUAAACUCAUAAAGGCACAUAACUUAAACUAGAACACAAGAUUCAAACUCAAACAACAUAUUUUAGACUAAGAAAAUCUUUAUAAAUUGUAUUUCAAACUUACAUAGUCACGUUUCGCUGCAUCCCGCCAAGAUUAUUUCUUAAAACUGUUUCCAGGUAUUUUCCACAGGCUCUUUUUGCCAUACAAUGUUUUUUAAACUCAUUCUUGUGCCAAAAUUGAGUUAAAUUCGUCCACUUUUGUUAGGAAUACUUAUCUAAAUUUCGUUGCCAUGUUGGAUUUUGUUCAGUUUUGAUUUCCCGCUCCCCCCAGCCAUCACGAAAAUAAUUAAUUGCACUCCUGGAGAGUGCAAUUAAUGAUGGUAAUAGAACGAAUAGGAGUGCUAUUAAUGCCAUAAUCAUACGAGUGAUUACAAAAUCAACCGACCGCGUAGCGGGAGGUUGAUUUGUUAAUCACGAGUAUGAUUAUGGCAUUAAUAGUACGACUUAAUUCGUUCUAUUAUUUAUUAAUUAUUUAUCUUCUGUAAUCAAACUGUUUAAGGGGGAAAAGCACAAAAAUACAAUUUGUUGAAAUUCAAUAUAAUUAUUAAAUUUUUAUCACGACAAUUCUUAGUGAAAUAGUACAAUUUUGAAUUAUUAUUUAUCAUAUAUAAUCAAAUUAGCAUAUUAUUAACUUCCGGGCAUUAUUUCCGGUAUAUAUCACAUGACAACAUUUGUUUGAAUUAUUCAACACACAAUUAUAAUUGGGAAGCCAUGUUUGUAUAUUUAUAACGUGUUCAAAAUAGCGAAGCUGUUUAGUUCAGUUAAUUAUCUGAAUUUGAUUGAAAUGUAACUUCUGGUUGUGUCUAGUUCGGUGUCUUCUGCUGGAAGAACAGGUAGGUCAUUUUCGUCAGAAAAUGUAUAAUUUAACAACCCUCGAAAACGAGAUCGGCAUUCGGCAAAUAUGCCGACCUUUGGAGACGUAUUAAAAUGCCAACCUAUCAACCUCCCAAGUUUGCCGACCUUAAUUCGGCCAAAGUAAGAAACUUUUUUGGUGCUAAUAGCUGUUAAAAAGUCAGCGAUUAUAGAAUUCGAUACACUUUGGUGUAAGGUUUAAGAAUUAACGGGUAUUAUUUAAUAAUUUAGGUAACACUCUAAAAGAAAAGCCUUCGUGACAUUUAUACUUUUCAAUGAUUCGUAAAUACGUGAUUACUAGUGCAGGCACCUAGUGCUCCAAAACAUGGAAACAGAUUUUAAAAAAUGCCGAGUUGUACCGAGCUAGGUCAGAUUUAGGUCAGCAUUUUUUUUCCGACCUCAAUUUUGACGGUUUUCGAGGGCUGAUUUAAAAAUUAAAAGGUCAAAAUUUUCAAAAUUUGUGAAUUCCUCCAUUUUGAAUUUUUUACAGCAAUAAAGAAAAUAAAAUUCAAAGUUUGUAUCCUGAAUGCUGAUUGGCUAGUUGUAAAUACUAGACUGAUUGUCAUUGGUUGUAGACAAGAGUGCGAUUACAGCUCAGAAAAGGUGCGAUUAAUGCUCAAAUCGCACUCCUGUAAACCAAUGAAAUUGCAGUAUUUGCCACUGAUUACAGAAGAUAAAUAAUUAAUGAAAUAAUUGCACUCCUCUUAAGCAAUCAGACUGCAGUAAUUUUUUGUCAUGUAUAUAAUAAAUAGGUUAAUGCUUUCUUUACUUUCAAUAUCCUGUCCUCAAUCCGCUGUGGGGAUUUAAUGCUUUUUUAAAAUUUUAUUAAUGUAGUCUUUCCAGUCUGCAACUAAUUAAAUAUUUAACUGGCAGGUUGUUGAGGAGGUAAGAAGAAAUCUUGGUUUUCAUGAGGAAAAGACCCCUGAAGCAUUCAUGAACAAUUGCGUCAAAACGCUGGAAAAGAAUGUAGACAAUUUGAUUUACUAUGGUAUUUCUAUGGGUGAUCUUCAACCUCCCAGAUGUUCUUCUGUUGGUGAGUAGAGUAAUGACUCAGAUAUAUGACAAUGAGAGACAUGCUAUGAUUUAAGGGGGGGGGGGGGUCAGUGCUAUGUAAUACGCUAUAAUUCAAAAUUUGGUUUGCUAGGCUUUAUCGAUUGAAGUUUCUAAUGGAUACACUAAAGGCUGGAACACAUGAUCUAAUUGUGUCGGGUCCGAUUCUUCUUCUGAUGUAUGUAUGUUUUAUAGUCACGUAAUUGCGAUGUUAUAGCGACACAAUUGAGCAACUACGUAAACCAAGUCCUUUGUCAGUAAAUGGAAAACAUUACAUGCAUCAGAAGCAGAAUUUGAUCCGACAGAAUUGGAUCGUGUAAAAAGACAUUUAAGAUGCCGCGUAUUAUUGUCGUGUAUCUGACAUCAGCUAAAGUCAAUGUCUGAAUCACUAAAACGAAGCUCUGUAGCUACUGUAUGGUGACGUACUUCCCGGAAGCGUGUAUUGACUUCGACCUGGAGUACGGUGUAUUUCCCAAUAAUAAAACUCUUUUGUGUUCAGUCUAACUAUUCAAAUCAUCAAUAAUGUCUUGGAGAUAUUUCAGGUGAAAUGUGGCAAAAUCCUAUAUUCUGACUAAUGAAUACAGAGUUCCUAGUAUUAAAGUGUUGUUUAUUCCUUAAAUAUUCAUGUUUCUCACCAUUCUGUAUUUUAGACGGCAAAUUAUGUCAUUUGCUAAAAGGAAUUAACUUAAUGUUCAAAUCUAAGUCAAGGAUAAAGCAGAAAGUGGACAUUGUCCAUUUUAUUGAGGUAGGGAUUACAUGAGGAUUACUGUUAAUUUAAAGGAAUGUGACAUUAAAAAAUAAGAUUGUCUCAUUUGAAAGAACACAAAAUGAAAUUGUCCCAAAAAAUCUAGGUGUUAAUUUAUUCUCAAUAGUUUCAACUUUCAAACUGUACACUAUUUGCAUGGCUCGGUUUGCAUGUGUUCUAAUGUGCAUGUGCAUGUGAAAAGGGAAUGACUUGUUAAAAGCCUCUUUGAUCGUACUGUAUAUAUAUAUAUAUGCACCGUUUUCACACGAGGAACGUUUAUGUUGUAAUUGUUAGGAUGACGAGGAACCUGACAAGUGGCAACAAAAACGGCAAGCGUUUGUCCCUGGCUUGUUGGUUACGAAGACUAAUGGGGCGAUGGUGCUGUUAGGAAACGAGAUUUUCCUUUCAUUCAAUGAAAAGGAAAUUUCGCGUGCAGUGGUUGCAUUCCUUGCGACCUUUUACUUGCUGGAUAUGGACUACCCAACUAACUGGCUUGCAAGUAUGUCGUUCCUGCAGCAGCUAAUAUUCAAGGACAAUCAAAUUCAUCCGGAUUGCGAUGCCGACGUCAAGAAGGCUAUAAAACAAUUUGAAUGCUUCACCGAGUAA